GAGGAGGGGGGUGGGAGAGAGAGGAGAGAGAGAGGUGUGGCGGUGGGUGUCGCCCCGCUCCCGCUGGCUCGGUUCGACGGCUCCUCCUCCUCCUCUCCUCGCUCUUUUUGGCAGCGGUCAGAGCGCGUCUCUCUGUCAGUAUCCGGUCAUCAGCAGCAGCAGUAGUAGCAGCAGUAGCAGCAGCAAGAGCGGUGCUGCUGGUAGUGGUGAGCGAGCGAGCGAGGCGGAGGAGGCGUGAGAGAGUGCACGUCAGUCGUAACAGCGGGAGUUUAAAGAAAGUCAUCACUCGCAUCGUCAGCGGCGAGGGCAUUAGAGGCAGCAGUGCGCGUAGCAGCAGCAGUAACACGCGGCGGCAAGAAGCACUUUCAAGCAAGCAGCAGUAGCAGCAGCGUCAGUAAUAGCAGCGGCAGCAGCAGCAGCAUCAGCAGCCACAGCAGCAUCAGCACUAGCAGCAGCAUCAGCACUAGCAGCAGUAUCAGCACUAGCAGCAGUAUCAGCACUAGCAGCAGUAUCAGCACUAGCAGUAGUGUCAGCAAUAGCAGCAGCAGCAUCAGCAGCAGACGCGGCAUCAGAACGAGCAGCAGCAGAACCAGUACUAGCAGCAGAAGCCACAGCAGAAUCAACACUAGCAGCAUCAGCAGACGAGGCAUCAGCAGCAGCAGAAUCAGCACAAGCAUCAGCAGCAGCAUCAGCACGAGCAGCAGCAGCACUAGCAAGUAGCAGCAUCAUCUACAGCAGAACCAGCACUAGUAACAGCAUCAGCACAAGCAGUAUCAGCAUCAGCAAUAGCAGCAUCAUCAGCAGCAUCAACACAAGCAGCAGCACAAGCAGCAUCAGCACAAGCAUCAGCAUCAGCACGAGCAGCAGCAGCAUCAGCACAAGCAGCAGCACAAGCACCAUCAGCACAAGCAUCAGCAUCAGCACAAGCAGCAGCAGCAUCAGCAUCAGUACAAGCAGCAUCAGCGGCAUCUCGUAAUGGGGGGCGACUCGAGGCGCGUGUCUCGCUGGUAUUUUGGGGGUCUCGCCUCUGCGGGCGCGGCCUGCUGCACGCACCCCCUGGACCUGAUCAAGGUCCACCUGCAGACGCAGCAGGAGGUGCGGAUGCGCAUGAGCUCCAUGGCGGUGCACGUGGUGAGGACGCAGGGCGUGCUGGCUCUCUACAACGGACUGAGUGCAUCGCUGUGCCGCCAGCUCACCUACUCGCUGGCCAGGUUCGCGAUCUACGAGCGAGCGCGCGAGUUCGUGGGGAGGGACGGUCGGAACCCCCCCUUCCACACCAAGGUGUUCAUCGGCGCCCUCGGGGGCUUCAGUGGGGGCCUCAUCGGCACGCCGGCUGACUUGGUGAACGUACGGAUGCAGAAUGACAUCAAACUGCCACUUGACCAGCGACGCAACUACAAGCACGCCAUCGACGGCAUGUACCGGGUGGCCAAAGAAGAGGGCAUCAGGAAGCUGUUCAACGGCGCCACGAUGGCAGCGAGCCGCGGGGCGCUGGUCACGGUGGGACAGCUCUCGUGCUAUGACCAGGCCAAGCAGCUGGUGUUGGCGACGGGGCUCAUGGGAGACAACAUCACAACGCACUUCCUCGCCAGCUUCCUCGCGGGGGGCUGUGCGACUGCGCUGUGCCAGCCGUUCGACGUGCUCAAGACGCGGCUGAUGAACUCGCACGGGGAGUACCGGGGCGUGCUGCACUGCUUCUCUGAGACCGCCCGGCUCGGCCCCUUAGCUUUCUACAAGGGCUUCGUCCCCGCCGCGAUCCGCCUCAUCCCCCAGACGGUGCUCACCUUCAUCUUCCUGGAGCAGCUGCGGUCGCACUUCGGCCUCGUGCUCGCGUGAGCGUCACGCAGAGCUCGUGUGAGCGCGUGUGGGAGUGUGGCGUGUAUGUGUGAGAGAGAGUGUGGGAGUGUGGAGUGUAUGUGUUAGAGAGAGUGUGUGAGAGUGUGGAGUGUAAGUGUGAGAGAGUGUGUGAGAGUGUGUGAUGAGUGAUGAGUGAGUGCGAGUGUGGAGUGUAUGUGUGAGGCUGAGUGAGGGUGUGGAGUGUAUGUGUGAGGGUGAGUGAGAGUGAGUGAGCGUGUGAGGGUAUGAGGGUGUGGAGUGUAUGUGUGAGGGUCAGUGAGAGUGUGGAGUGUAUGUGUGAGGGUGAGGGUGAGUGAGAGUGAGUGAGAGUGUGGAGUGAGUGCGAGUGUGGAGUGUAUGUGUGAGGGUGAGUGAGAGUGUGGAGUGUAUGUGUGAAGGUGAGGGUGAGUGAGAGUGAGUGAGAGUGUGGAGUGAGUGCGAGUGUGGAGUGUAUGUGUGAGGGUGAGUGAGAGUGUGGAGUGUAUGUGUGAGGGUGAGUGAGAGUGUGGAGUGUAUGUGUGAGGGUGAGUGAGAGUGAGUGAGAGUGUGGAGUGAGUGCGAGUGUGGAGUGUAUGUGUGAGGGUGAGUGAGAGUGUGGAGUGUAUGUGUGAGGGUGAGUGAGAGUGAGUGAGAGUGUGAGGGUGAGUGAGUGUGUGAGUGUGUGAGAGUGAGUGUGUGAGUGUGUAUGUGAAUGUGUGGAGUGCGUGUGAGAGUGAGUGAGCGAGCGUGUGUCUAUGUGUGAGAUUGAGUGCACGUAUGUGCUAGUGAGAGUGAGUGAGCGUGAGAGUGAGUGCGCAUGUUGGUGAGUGUGUGAGAGAGAGAGAGUGAGUGUGUGAGUGAGAGAGUGAGUGUGUGAGUGAGAGAGUGAGUGUGUGAGUGAGUGUGUGAGAGAGUGAGAGAGUGUGUGAGAGAGUGAGUGAGAGAGAGUGAGUGUGCGUGUGUCUAAGAGAGAGUGACUGAGAGAGAGUGAGUGUGUGAGUGAGAGAGAGAGUGAGUGAGAGAGAGUGUGUGUGAGAGAGUGAGUGUGUGAGAGAGAGUGUGUGUGAGAGAGUGAGUGUGUGUGUGAGAGAGAGUGUGUGUGAGAGAGUGAGUGUGUGUGUGUGAGAGUGAGUGUGUGAGAGAGAGAGAGUGAGUGUGUGAGAGAGUGUGUGAGAGAGUGAGAGAGUGAGUGUGUGAGAGAGUGUGAGAGAGUGAGUGAGAGAGAGUGAGUGUGUGAGUGUGUCUAAGAGAGAGUGUGUGAAGGUGUGAGUGCGUGCGAGCGAGUCUGUGUGUGUGUGUGUGUGGAGGAGUGGCGGUGUAGUGGUUAGUGCACUGCGCUGGGAACCCGAUGACCCGGGAUCGUUUCCGGCUCAGCCAAUGACGGUGAUAAAUCCAUGAACUGGUCCUGGGCCUCCUCUAGGUCGACUCAGCCUUAAAUGGGUACCUGGUACGGUUUGCACGCAUGAUGAUUACUGGGGAGAUAAAGGUGGCCAGGUGUGGUGCUGGUGUUUGCUAACAGCACUUACCGCAACAGUCUGGUUAAGGCUAUACGGGGGUCUUUGUGUGAGAGUCUGUGAUGGUAUGAGAGGAGGAGGAGGCUCGUGAAGGAUGUCACUGGCCAAUGGGAGGCAGUCGCCCUCCAACAAACGGAGGAGCGACGCUCGCAACAACGAGCGGAGCGCCAAAGCGGUACAGGUAGUGCCUCGGACCAGUCAGGGGUACAGCUGGUGGUGCACCUACCAGUGGUCAUCUCAGUCGACCCCCACGGCACCUACUGGGUCUGUCCCCGUGACCUGUCUGUCGGCAACGAGCCUUCGACACUUCGCGUGGCCUCGGAGUGCACCUGGCCUGGCACAGGCGCCGUGGUGACGCCACCGCCGCUUGGUGGCCAAUGGUGGCUUGUUGUUGUUGGUGGUGGUGGUGGUGGUGUGUUCGCGCUGGUCGGUGUGCUCGUGUUAGGAUGGCGUGUGCUGUGCGGUGUGUACGCGAUAGAGUAACGGGUGUGUGUGUGCGUGUGUAAUCGUGUUUGAGAUCGUGUGUGUGUGAUUGUGCGUGUGCGUGUGUGUGCGUGUGUGAUUGUGUGUGUGUGUGUGUGAUCGUGUGUGUGUGAUCGUGUGUGAUCGUGUGUGAUCGUGUGCGUGAUCGUGUGAGCGACGGAGCCCUGCCAUGGAUUGGCACCACUCCUGAUGAGGGUAGCAAUCUCCAGUCUGGAGGAAAUUAGAAUUUAACGCAACUAAUUACCUUGAUACGAAUUAACGAAUCGAAUAAUGCCUAUUUUUUACACACGUAGGGGGGACCUGGGUGGGUGUGGUGUAGACGGAGUGACUGCCGUUGGGUUGUCCGUGCCAACCGGUUUGAGUCGUGGGGACUCGGAGACUCGGAGACUCGGAGACUCGGACGGGGAUUGGCAGAGCUCCAGGCAAUGUCGACAUGGCAGCGUGUACCGCCGCAACGCCUCCUGCCUCUGUUCCUGUCUCCCCGUCUCCCUGUCUCCCUGUCCCCCUGUCUCCCCAUCUGUCUCCCUGUCUCUCUGUCUCCCUGUCUCUCUGUCUCCCUGUCUCUCUGUCUCCCUGUCUCUCUGUCUCCCUGUCCCCCUGUCUCCCCAUCUGUCUC